AAAAGAUGCCAGCGAAACAGCUUAACCACGAAACGAUUGCGCCUCGGACCAUGAUGAUUGCCUGCGCUUCUCUAUAGUCCUUAAUUACUAUUCAGCCUCUCCUUUUUGAUUCUUGUCUUUGUUACUGCGCAUGACCUCUUCGUCUUGAUAUUGACCGUCGCAUCUAUCGCGACCUCCUUUCCGCUUCCGCCAAGACAUCCAACAUGGCAUCCGCACUCUUCUUUCUAGAUCUCAAGGGCAAGACCCUUCUUGCCCGUAACUAUCGUGGUGACAUUCCCAUGUCAGCAGUUGAAAAGUUCCCUGUACUCCUUUCAGAAGCUGAGGAAGAUUCCUCUGCUGUUCCACCAUGUUUCUCCCACGAAGGCAUCAACUACCUCUACAUCCGCCAUAACAAUCUCUACCUCCUCGCCCUUACGAAACGAAACACGAAUGCCGCCGAAAUCCUCCUAUUCCUUCACAAGAUCGUCGAGGUCUUUACCGAGUACUUCAAAGCUUUAGAAGAAGAAUCCAUUCGAGACAACUUUGUCAUCAUCUACGAACUUCUCGACGAAAUGAUGGACUUUGGUUAUCCUCAAACAACAGAAUCCAAGAUCCUUCAGGAGUACAUCACCCAGGAGUCUCACAAGCUCGAGAUCCAAGCACGGCCGCCGAUUGCUGUCACAAACGCUGUGUCGUGGCGAUCAGAGGGUAUCCGUUACCGCAAGAACGAAGUGUUCCUCGAUGUUGUCGAGUCUCUCAACCUUUUGGUGUCUGCAAACGGCAAUGUCCUUCGAUCAGAGAUUCUUGGCGCUAUCAAGAUGAAGUGUUACCUCAGUGGUAUGCCCGAGUUGCGUCUAGGAUUGAAUGACAAGGUCAUGUUCGAGACAACCGGUCGAGCCACCCGUGGUAAAGCUAUCGAAAUGGAGGACGUCAAGUUUCACCAAUGUGUACGACUAUCACGAUUCGAGAACGACCGAACCAUCUCCUUUAUCCCCCCUGACGGCGAAUUCGAGCUCAUGUCCUACCGUCUCAACACCCAAGUCAAGCCUCUGAUUUGGGUUGAAUGUGUGGUCGAAUCCCAUUCAGGCUCCCGGAUCGAAUACAUGCUCAAGGCUCGAGCCCAAUUCAAGCGUCGCAGUACCGCCAACAAUGUCGAAAUCGUGGUUCCCGUUCCGGAUGACGCCGAUAGCCCUCGUUUCCGAACAAACAUCGGAUCCGUUCAUUACGCCCCUGAGCAAAGUGCCAUUGUCUGGAAGAUUAAACAAUUUGGUGGUGGCAAGGAAUUCCUCAUGCGUGCUGAGCUGGGCCUGCCAAGCGUGAGAGGAGAUGAUGAACAAGGUGGCGGUAUGAUGGGUGGUUUCGGUGGUAGCAUGGGAGGAGUCGGAGGUGUGGGUAAGGGUGCCAAACGACCUAUCCAGGUCAAGUUUGAGAUUCCUUACUUUACCACAAGUGGUAUUCAGGUUCGGUAUCUAAAGAUUACCGAGCCAAAGUUGCAAUAUCCUUCGUUGCCUUGGGUUCGAUACAUUACCCAAUCUGGCGAUAUCGCUGUACGACUUCCUGACGCGGUCUGAGUCGACUACAUAAUCGAACGGACAACUACACCUAGCUCAUGGAUGGGAUAACGAACAUGGGGCAAACUGCAGAGCAGGGGCUUCAUACAGGAAUGAAUAAUAGACUAAAUCAAUUCAAGCUUAAGCUGUCAAACAUUUGGUCAAUCUCGAACAAU